AUGUCAUCUCGAGGUCCAGGUACAAGUUUAGUCGAUCAGCGCAAAUUGCUGAAUGCUGAAAAAAAGAUUGCUGAGAAGAGAGCAGCCAGAGGUGGAUACACUGGAGAAGAAGAUAUUCCCGUUUGGAAUCCCAAUGUCAAGCCAGCGAUCAUUGUUAAUCAGACCAAGUCACAGUCAGUGGCCGACAGCCGAUCCAAAGACAUCAAGUUGGAAAAUUUCGAUAUUCAGUAUGCUGGCAAGCCUAUUCUUACCAAUGCUAAUGUUAUGCUGGCUUUUGGUCGUCGAUACGGUCUUGUUGGAAAGAAUGGUAUUGGAAAAUCAACGUUGCUGCGUGCGAUUGCACACAAGGAGCUGGUAGUGUCUUCACACAUGCGAGUGUUGCAUGUUGAACAAGAGGCAAGAUCUAGAAAUUAUGAUACUUCAGCUAUUGACUCUGUGUUGCAAGCUGAUGAAGAGCGCGAGUCGCUUAUCAAGGAAGAAAAGUCUACCAAUAUUAAACUGAACAAGACAUCUACGCCUGCUGGCGAGAUGGCUGCCUUGAACCAACGACUCAAGGACAUAUAUGCAAGAAUGGAAGAGAUUGAGUCUGACAAAGCAGAAUCAAAAGCAUCGGCUAUUCUUAACGGCCUUGGAUUUUCCCCUGUCCAGCAACAAGCGGCUACCAGAACUUUUUCUGGUGGAUGGCGUAUGCGGCUUGCACUUGCACGUGCACUAUUUUGUCGUCCAGAUCUUUUGCUUGCUGACGAAGUGACCAAUUAUCUCGAUUUUCCAGCAGUUGUAUGGCUUGAAAACUAUUUCCAGAAUUGGCCUGCCACCCUAUUGAUUGUGUCGCACGAUCGAUCAUUCUUGGACUCUGUAUCAACAGAUAUUCUGCACCUCCAUUCAAAUCAGUUGGAUCACUAUCGUGGAAGCUUUACCAAUUUUGUCGCUACUCGACUUGAGCGCAAGCGUAACCAGAUUCGUGAAUACGAAGCUCAGCUUCAGUAUCGCCAACAUUUGCAGGCUUUUAUUGAUAGAUGGCGCUAUAAUGCUAAGCGUUCUGCCCAAGCACAGAGCAAGAUCAAGAUUCUUGAAAAGCUUCCACCUUUGGUUCCUCCAUCCAAAGAUGACAUGGAGGGGAUGGGUGAAGGCCAGGACAGUAUUUAUUUCAAAUUUCCAGCUCCUGAAAAAUUAUCGCCACCUAUUUUGCAAAUGACAGAUGUAUCUUUUGGAUACACUCCUGAUCGUACAAUUCUCAAAAACAUUAGUUUUGAUUUACAAAUGGAUUCUAAAAUUGCUGUUGUGGGUCCCAAUGGUGCUGGUAAAUCAACAUUGGUACAUUUGCUUACAGGAGAAAACGCACCCAAGAACGGUAUAUGCCAUCGCCACGGCAGACUUCGCCUUGCACUCUUUUCGCAGCAUCAUGUAGAUCAACUUGAGUUGGGUGGUAGCUCUGUUCAUUUUCUUGCAUCCAAGUUUCCUGGAAUGCCUGAAGAAGAGUACCGUCGUGUUUUGGGCAGAUUUGGACUUCCUGGCAUGUCGGCACUUCAGCCUAUUGGCACGCUUUCUGGAGGUCAAAAAUCUCGUGUAGUAUUUGCCUGGAUGGCUAUGACUAACCCUCAUGUUCUCAUUCUCGAUGAACCGACCAAUCACUUGGAUAUGGAUUCGAUCGAUGCUCUUUCAGCAGCACUUCGAGAAUUUAAAGGCGGUAUUGCGAUUGUAUCUCACGACGAACAGUUUUUGGAUGCUGUCUGCAACGAAGUAUGGGUGUGUGACAAUGGCGGUCUUACCCGCUUUGAGGGAAAACUAGGUGUUGGUGAUGGAGUUGUUCGACAAUACAAAAAGAGCCUUAACAUUGAUGGCAUUUAA